ACCGUAACCACUUUGGGCUCCUAUGAGGUGACUGAGAGCUGUGAGCGGAAGAAAGGCCAACGCUGGGGGUCCCUGGAACGGCGGGGGAUGCAGGCUAUGGAAGGGGAGGUGUUACUCCCAGCUCUCUAUGAGGAGGAAGAAGAGGAGGAAGAGGAGGAGGAGGAAGAGGCAGAAGAAGACGACGAACACGUGCAGAAAGGAGGCGGUGUGGGCUCCCUGUCGGUCAGCAAACACCGGGGCCUGAGUCUCACGGAGACAGAGUUGGAGGAGCUGAGGGCUCAGGUGCUACAGCUGGUGGCUGAGCUGGAGGAGACCCGGGAGCUGGCAGGGCAGCAUGAGGAUGACUCCCUGGAGCUGCAGGGGCUCCUGGAGGACGAGCGGCUGGCCAGCGCCCAGCAGGCAGAGGUAUUCACCAAGCAGAUCCAGCAACUCCAAGGUGAGCUGCGGUCUCUGCGGGAGGAGAUUUCCCUGUUAGAGCGUAAGAAAGAAAGUGAACUGAAGGAAAUACAGCAGGAUUUGCAUUUGGCCCAGACUGAGAUCCAGACUCUACGGCGAGCAGCAGAGGAGUCCGCGAGCGAGCAUGAGUGUGAGAUAGCUUCUCUGCAGGACGACCUCUACCGCAUGCAGAAUGAACUCGAUGACAUGGACCGCAUCCGGGGGGAUUACGAGAUGGAGAUUGCCUCCCUUCGUGCAGAACUGGAAAUGAAGAAUUCUGAACCACCCGGCAGUUUAAGUCUCUCGGAUUUCUCUGGGUUACAAGAAGAACUGCAGCAGCUGCGGGAUCGCUAUCACUUCCUGAACGAGGAGUACCAGGCCCUGCAGGAGAGCAACAGCAGCCUCACAGGGCAGCUUGCCGACCUGGAGAUCGAGAGGACGCGAAGAGCAACAGAGAAGUGGCUGGAGUCCGAAACACUAAGGAGUAUGGUAUCAACAGAGUCUCAGACUUCAGAAAUGGAUUUCCUAGAGCCUGAUCCUGAAAUGCAGUUGUUGCGCCAGCAGCUGCUGGGAGCCGAGAAGCAGUGUAAAGAACUGUGUUGUGAGUUACAAGAGCUACAGCAUCAUCGCCGGGUCAGUGAAGAGGAGCAGAGGCGGCUGCAGAGGGAGCUCAAGUGCGCCCAGAAUGAGGUGCUUCGUUUUCAGACCUCUCACAGCGUCAUCCAGAAUGAGGAGCUGAAGACCAGACUCUGUGCCCUGCAGCAAAAGUACGAUACUAGCCAGGAUGAGCAGCACGCGCUCCUGAAGGCACAGCUACAGCUUCAGACUGAGCUCCGGCAGCUCAAAAUCACCAAAUCCUCAGUCAUAGAAAGCCCCAGUGAGAAGGAGCUAAUGUGCCAGGUGCAGAAGCUGCAGCUGCAGCACCAAGAUACCACCUGUGAGAAGGAAAGGCUGCAGAAGGAGCUGUGGUGCCACGAGGCAGAGCUGCAGCGCCUCAAGGACAUGGUGGCCUCGUUCCAAGAGACCAAUGAGAAGAACACAGAACUGCACGCCCAGCUUAAGGAGAUGAAGCAGGUGUGUCAGGCCAGCAAGGACGAGCUGGAGCGGCAGAAGCACAUGUACGACCAGCUCGAACAGGACCUCCUGCUCUGCCAGCUGGAGCUGAAACAGCUCAAGACCACCCAGCCCGCACCAGAGGACAAGGGGCAAUGUGCUAACAAGUGCGACACACUGCUGUCCAAACUGACAGAGUUGCAGGAACAGUACAAGGCCAGCCAGGAGGAGAUGGGGCAGCUGCAGAGGGAGCAGUGCGAGCUCCUGGAGGAUCAGAGGAGGAUGCAGGAGGAGCAGGGCCAGCUGCAAGAAGAGCUGCACAGGCUCACGUUCCCGCUGCCCAAGUGCGGUCUCCUCCAUAAGAGUCAGGAGCUUCUUACAAAACUACAAGACCUGUGUGAGCUGCAGCUACUCUACCAAGGCAUGCAGGAUGAACAGAAAAAACUGGUAGAGAACCAGGAGCAUGUGCUGAAAGAACAGCUACAGGUGCAGGAGGAGCUGCGAUGUUUCAAGGAGUCUCACCUCCAGGAAGUGUUGGAGAGUCCUGAGGGUUCUCAGAGGCCUAGGUCCUCAAAAAGUGGUCAAGACAAGUACAAGCUGCUGGUGGAACAGAUUCAGGCUCUCCAGGGGCUGUAUGACACCAGUCAGAUGGAGCAGGAGCUGCUGCAGCAGGAACAAGGGCGGCUCCUGGAGGAACGAAAGAGGCUGCAGGCCGACUUGCAGCUCUGCCUGGAAGAAAUGCAGCUGCUCCGAGGCCAGUCCCCUUGCAUAAAAAGGAGCCUCGAGUCCUACAAGAAGAGCUACGGCAGCACGGCCCCCAGCAGCGAGAACUGCCACCGGAGUUACGGCAGCUCCACCGAUGUGGACGACAACUAUCAGAAGAGUUACGCCAGCACCCAGGUCAGCAACGAGAGCUUUCUCAAGAGCUAUGACAGUAGCACCAGCACCAACGCCAGCGACACUUACGAGAAGAGUUACCGCAGCAGCAGCAGCAGCAGCAGCAGUGUCACCUAUAAGAAGAGUUGUGGCAGCACCAGUAGCUCUGACACCUACCACAGGAGUUACGCCAGCAGCUGCAAUGAUGACGACCCUGCUGAGCCUGAAGACAUAGAGCACUUCGAGGAAACGGUCGCCGAGGUGUUGACCAAGCUGCAGGCAGUGCAGGCCAUGUACCAGAUGAGCCAGGAGGAGCACAGCCGGCUGCAGGAGCAGAUGGAGAAGCUCCUGGACAGGCAGAAGGAGCUGAAGGAAGAGCUGACUGUCUGCGAGAAGGAAUUCAAAGAGUGCAUAGAGUGCCUCGAGAAGCCUGUGCCCCCCCAGAGCGACAAGAACGAGAUCAAAGAGCUGCAGAGCAAGUUGCGGGAGCUGCAGCUGCAAUACCAGGCUAGCAUGGAUGAACAGGGGCGGCUUCUGGCCGUGCAGGAGCAUCUGGAGGGGCAGCUGCAGUGCUGCCAGGAAGAGCUGCGCCAGCUCAAGGAGAAGAAGCCCUCUGUUGCCAAAGAGGCCAGGGGAAAGAAUGGCAAUAAGAAUAUGAACAAAAAUGCCAAUGGGGUUAGAAAUAAAAAGGUGGCCAAGCUAUGUUCAGACAGUUCUGAGGACAGCAUUGAGACCAGAAAGAGUUUGGAGGUGGUGCUAUACUACAAGGCCAGCCAGAGGGAUUUAGACGAGCUAGUGAAAGAGGAGAAAGAGGAGGGAAAAAAGGAAGAAGUGGAAGAGAAAACAGAGGCAUCCUGGAAUGAACUAGCCACUGAACCAUGCAAUCUUGGGAAAGUUAAGUCAGCAGAAGAUCAGGAGGAAGAAUAUGAUGAGGUCAAAGAACAGGAAGAUAAGGAAGAAGACAAUGAAGAUGAAGAGGCUGACGACCCUUCUCCUGAAACGUCAGAGGAAACCAACCCCCUCAGACUUUCUGAAAGCAAAAAGAACAUGUUUGGGAUGUGGAAGCCUGUGGUAUUCUUGGCUAUCGCAGCGGUGGCCCUGUAUAUGUUACCCAACAUGCGACCGCAGGAGACAGAGUUCUGCCUCAUGGAGUGAUGGCAGACCUGGGCCAGCCAAGGGGGCAGAUCCUCAAAGGCCACCACCCUCAGCUUUGGGCAGGACACACUGUACCAGAACCCCCACCCCACCCACAUGUCCCAUGUGUCUUCACCUCCUUAGCCUCAGUCACCCAGGCUGGAAAGGCUCAUGGCGAGCUGCUGGCUCCUAUCUCCUGCUUUGUAUAAGAACCUGGGUUCCUUGUAAUUAAAUAUCAACCUAACUA